AUGCCUGGAGAACGUCAACCUAAAAGAGAAAGCUUUUCGGAGCCCUUGAGGUUAGAUGAUCCUGUCUUUCCUUAUUUGCAACAGACGCAAGCAGACUACCCAGAAGCCGCUAACGUUGGUAAUGCUCCAGCAUUCCCAGGACAUCCUCACCAGAUGAUUCAGCCUGAGAAUACCACCUCGGCGAAUUGGAACAGACAAUAUGCGCCGGCUUAUCAUCAGGGACACCAGCAGCCAUUUCAGUACUAUCAACAGUCGCCUGAUUUUAUACCGCCUAUGCCUGUUGGCUUCGGUGAAAGGUCAAGCUUUGGUGAUAGUAGUAGUUAUGGUGAUCGAAGCAGUUUUGGAAGAAGCAGCUAUGAGAGAAACAGCAUAGUAGACGCCGAAGAAGCUGUUCUUGGAAGACCUCAAAAGAGAUCAAGUUCCGAUGAGAUGCUUAGUCAGAACACCGGUGGCAGCCUACGACACAUGGGGCAUCCAAUGCCCAUCCAUCAACAUUCUCGACUAUCUUCUAGACCUUCGCCAACUCUGCUGGACAGCUCAUUUUCUCGAUCACCUGUCCGCCUAGCGACGGAAGAAGCUGGCUUGUUACCGUCCCAUGAAUCCACGUCGUUCGUUGAGUCCUCCAAUAUGCUCGGGCUGCAAUCCUAUCCGGAUAUGACCACUAUGGUCAACUCUGAUAGUAACAUGUCCGUGCCAUUGGUAGAAACCACUUUCGUUGAUCCUACCAAAUGUACCGUGUGUGGUAAAACCAUUUCUAGAGACAUGACAAGGCACAUGUGGACCCAUCAAAGCGAAAAAAGGUUCAAAUGUGUCUUCCCUAAGGGCAACUGUCGGCAUAAGUCUGGCCUGUUUAACAGGAGGUACGACUUUAAGAAGCAUUUACUUAACAAGCAUUUCCGCUACGACGAUGAGUCCACCAAGAGAGAACAUAAUCUUCGUGAGAAGCUCUCACAAUGGGGCACUUGUCCAUGCGGUAAGAGAUAUUUAUCAGGAGACUGGUUGAAUAACCAUAUUCUCACAACAAAUGAGAGCCAGAGGUGUCCUCUCAUCAAAAAGUCCGAGUUUUAA